AUGAGGCGAUUAAAGAUUGGGAUUCGUUCCCAGUUAAUCAUAAUAGUUUGUUUUGCAUCGUUGUUUUCAUUAUUGAUUUUGGGUAUUGUAACGGGAAUAUAUUUCAGUGUCAAUUUGAAAAAUCUACGAUUAGAACGACUACUAGUUAUAUCCCAAUUAAAAAGAACUCAAGUACAACAAGCAAUACAAUAUAUUGCUUAUCAAGUAAUGACAGUAUCGGAAAUUGAUUCUUUAACUGUCCCAUUAUCAAAUUACCGAGCCGGGAAUAAUUCUAAAACAGUUUUCCUGGAAGCACAAAAUUAUUUACAACAAUAUGUACUUUCCACAGAUUCAUUUAUUUCAGCAAGAUUAUAUGAUUUAGAUUUACAAGUUGUGGCGUCCAGUUUUGAUAAUAUGACAUUGAUUUCUGAUAGUGCUCAAGAUGUGGUUUACCCCUUGCGACAAAAUGCAUCAAUACCACAAGUAUUAGAUACUCAACUGGGAUUAUUUUUCACUGGUCCUAUUGCCAAUAAUUCGGAAAAUUUUAAUUCAAUGUAUUUUAUGGGAAUCACCGUACCGGUGCUAUCCAAUAGUUCUAUUAUUCUUCUGCAACCUUCAAUAUCAGGAUACCUCACCAUUAUAGCAUCAGCAGAAUCCAUUCGUUCAGCAUUAAAUUCUACCAGUGAAGAUGAUUAUCAAGCUAUGGCGGUAGAACCAGUAUAUGGAGAUCCACAACAAGGUAUAGAUAAUCUACAACAAAAUACUUAUAAUGGUGCCAAUCAAGUUAUUGGAUUCAAAUUGGUUUUCCCAGUACAGGAUAGUUUAUUAGAGGCUGGGGCCAUAUAUAAUAUCAAUUCAUCUUCAUCUAUGAAAACCGCAUUAGCAUCAAAUUCAGGUACUGCAACUAGUGUCAAAUCUUUUUUUGGUAAAAAAGUUUCCAUUGGGUUUUCCCGAAUAAGUGUUCAAGAUAAUUUAAAUUGGUCAAUUGUUAUUGUUCAAUCUAGUUCUGUUUUCAAUGGACCUGCCAAUAAACUACGAAGAAUUACUAUUGGAGUUGUCAUUGGUAUUGGUGCAUUUAUGUGUUUAGUUACAUUCCCCUUGGCCGUUUGGUUUAUACGACCGAUAACCAAAUUAAAAGAAGCUACUGAAGCCAUUACCAAAUAUAAAAAGGAAAAACUAAAUAAUGUUAACAGUAAUGGGCCUAAUUCUUCCACUGGUUCCGACUCACCAAAUCAACCAUUACUAGAUAUGGGGACGGGGAUGGGUAAACGAAAUAGUAUAAAUUCAUCAUCAAUUUCUUCAAGUUAUUCUACGGGGAUAAGACUACCGGCAAGAAUACCGAGAUCGAAAAAAAUUUUUAAAGAUGAAUUAACAGAAUUAUCUGAAGCUUUUAAUAUUAUGACAGAAGAAUUAGAUAAACAAUAUACUCAUUUAGAAGAUCGAGUGAAAUCAAGAACAAAAGAAUUGGAAGCAUCUAAAAUUGAAGCAGAAUCAGCUAAUGAAGCUAAAACCGUUUUCAUUGCCAAUAUUUCUCAUGAAUUACGUACCCCAUUAAAUGGGAUUUUGGGUAUGACAUCAAUUGCCAUGGAAGAAGAAGAUCCUAAUCGAAUACAUGAUUCUUUAAAAUUAAUUCAUCGUUCUGGAGAAUUAUUAUUACAUAUUUUAACUGAAUUAUUAACUUAUUCUAAAAAUACUUUAAAUCGAUCAAAAUUAGAAAAAUCAAAUUUCCAAAUUUUAGAAAUUGUUUAUCAAGUUCGAUCAAUUUUUAAUAAAUUAGCUCAUGAUCAAAGAGUUAAUUUUAAAAUUUUAGUAAAACCAAAUAUUUUCCGGAAAUUAAUCAUAUAUGGUGACUCUAAUAGAAUUAUUCAGAUUGUUAUGAAUUUAGUAUCAAAUUCAUUAAAAUUUACUCCAGUGGAUGGAUCAGUAGGAGUUUCAUUUAAAUUAUUGGGGGAAUAUGAUCAUGAAAAAUCAAAAAAAUUGGAUUAUAAAAAAGUUUGUAUAUUGAAUGAUUCUAGUACUAGUACAGUAGUGCCACCACCAGCACCUCCAUCAGAUACUAAACCUACGCCCAAAAAACUGCAUAUUAUUGACCAUAAUAACAGACUGGCCAAUACUACAUCACCACUAACACCUGUGGGGAAACCAACAAACACAAAAACCAGUAAAGGAGAUACAAAUAAUACCAUCAAUAAGGAUAUGAAGGUUAGAAAAAGAAAUAAUAAUAACAAAAAGAGGAACCACAACAACAACACCAAUAGUGACGUUUUUAAAAACAGAAGAUUAAGUGGUUCUCAAAGAUUUAGUAAUAUACAAGAAGAAGAAUUAAGUCCUACAGCAAUAGACACUGAUGUUGAUAAAUAUUUGACUUCUUCUACUGAUAGUGAUAAUAUUAGUGUAACUACUUUAUCAACAGCACAAUAUGAGACUACAAUAUUUGAAUCACAAUUUAAAUCAAAGCCAUUACCUAAAUUGCCUAUAGAUGCAAAAUCACAACUAUCAGAAAAAGUGGAAGAUAAUGACAUGAAAGAGAUAAUUAACGAUGAUGAAGAAGAAGACGUUAGUGGUGUUGGUGUUGUUCAGGUUGAUGAUGAUGACGAGGAUACUGUGAAUGAAAAACAAGGUAAUCUGUCAUCAUCUUCAACAUCCAAUUCAACAAAUGAAAAGCAAGAAGAAAUUCUGCCAGUAUCAAAUAAUUCUACAACAGUGAGUAUUAUUCGACCACGUCAUAAUAUGAUGCCACUGGCUCAAGAUUUCAAAAGUUAUCCUACAUUUGAUAAGAAACCCGAAUAUGAUUCAAACAUGUCAAAUAAUGAGAUUGUUAAAAAUAAUCGAGUUUUUAGAAUUCGUAAUAUGUAUCAACCAAAAGUUUGGGUUAUUCAAAUUGAAGUUACUGAUACAGGACCAGGUAUUGAACCAGCAUUACAAGAAAAAGUAUUUGAACCAUUUGUUCAAGGAGAUCAAACAUUAUCAAGAAGUUAUGGAGGUACUGGAUUAGGAUUAAGUAUUUGUCGACAAUUGGCAACAAUGAUGCAUGGUACAUUGACAUUAAAAUCAACCAUUGGUAAAGGUUCAACAUUUACAUUAACUUUACCAUUACCUCAAACUGGAGAAAUUAUGGUACCGCCAGAAGAUAUGGCAGAAUUUUGUGAAGAUGAAUUCAAUCCAGCAGCGAAAAUUAAUAGGAAAGUUGCAUUUGAUGAUGAUGGUGCUGAGAAUAAUAAUGAUAAUAAUAAUAAUAAUGAUGAUGAUGAUGAUGAUGAUGAUGAGAGAUUGCAAGGACAGGAGCAAGAAAAGACAUCAAGAGAAGACACCAAUGAGAAACAAAACGUUCAAUCAUCACAUACUUUUAAUAUUUCAUCGUCAUCGACUUCAUCAUUACCACCAAAUUCUUCAUCAUCAGAUUCUCCAUUACCUACCUCAGAUUCAUCCGAUAUAUAUGGUGGUGUCAAUAAAUCUGAAACAGGAAAUUAUGGAAACAAUGAAGUUGCCAAAAAAAGAGUUAUAUCAACUUCUUCAUCAUUAUCUACUGAGGGUAGUAGUAGUAAACAUAAUAUUGGUAAUGAAGGUAAUCAUGGUGAUGAUAAUAAUAAAAACCUCACCCUCACCAUUGAUAAACCACUGUUAUUUACUCGAGGAUCAACUGGUACGGCCAAUUCUGGAACAACUUCAUCUCAUUCUGAUAAAAAAUCAUCUUAUCCUUUUGUUGCCGAUCAUACUACUGUAUUAGAUGAUAUAUCUCAUUUAAGAAUUUUAGUAGCGGAAGAUAAUAUGGUUAAUCAAGAAGUUAUUAAACGUAUGUUAAGAUUAGAAGGAUUAACUAAUCUUACUAUGGCAUGUAAUGGAGCUGAAGCCAUUGAUUUUGUUAAAGAAUCAAUUGAAACAAAUGAAAUAUUUGAUUUAAUAUUUAUGGAUGUUCAAAUGCCUAAAGUUGAUGGAUUAAUUGCUACAAAAAUGAUUCGAAAAAAUUUACAAUAUAAUAAACCAAUUAUUGCAUUAACGGCAUUUGCUGAUGAAAGUAAUGUUAAAGAAUGUUUAAAUUCUGGUAUGAGUGGAUUUCUUGCUAAACCAAUUAGAAGAACUAAUUUAAGGAAAAUUAUUGUUGAAUUUUUAUUAAAUGAAGUUGUAACUUCAUAA